AUGGUGGCUUUUGAGAGUGAGGUCCUGAGCAAGCUAUGCUCCCAGGAUCAGCUCGAACUCCUUGACGCCAUCGAUCAGCUUCGCUUACAGGGGAUCAACAACUAUGUUUCCCUUCCUCAAAUCAUCGUGUGUGGAGAUCAAUCUUCAGGCAAAAGCUCCGUGCUACAGGCCAUCUCGGGGGUGUCGUUCCCAGUCAAUGGAAACCUCUGCACUCGCUUUCCUACCGAGUUAGUUUUGCGCCGGACACCCCACGUAAGCGCCAAAGUAUCUAUCGUCCCAAGCGACUCUCGGACCGAAUCUGAACAGGCUUCGCUGCGUGAAUUCCAGGAACACCUAGACGACUUUGCGGGUCUCCCCAAGCUGAUCGACGAGGCUAAGCUUGCGAUGGGCAUUUCAACACAUGGUAAAGCCUUCGCCAAAGACAUCCUCAGGGUUGAAAUCACAGGUCCUGACCGUCCGCACCUCACCAUCGUUGAUCUGCCUGGUCUCAUUCACUCUCCGACAAGGCAGCAGUCGGCCUCCGAUGUUGAGCUUAUCCAAGAAGUUAAUGACUUUGCCAACCAGGUGGUCCUCAAGCUGGCGCGUGCCGUGGACAGCAUUGGUAGUCGGACAUUGGGGGUCAUCACAAAGCCCGAUGACUUGACCCCAGGAUCUGACCGUGAAGCUCUUUAUCUAUCUCUCGCAAGAAACCAGCAAUUCGAGUUUCGCCUUGGUUGGCACGUACUGAGGAAUAUGGAUUCUGAGAAAGGCACUUCAACUCUGGGUGAGCGUGAUGCCAACGAAGCAGAGUUCUUCCGCAAAGGUUCCUGGACCGGGUUGCUUUUUUCUCAUCUCGGCAUUUCCAACUUGAGGACUCGUCUCAGCAAGGUUCUUCUGGGACAGAUUGCAGCUGAACUCCCGAGCUUGCUGAGCGAGAUUGACGAAAAGUUCAAAGCCUGUCAACUUCAGCUCGAAACGCUCGGCCAACCCAGAGAUUCGCCUGACGAACAAAGACGGUACCUCCUUCACCUAAGCCAGGCGUUCCAGGCUUUAGUUACGGCUUCAACGAGCGGCAGUUACAACGGCGAGUUCUUCGAGGACGCAAUGACAGCGGUUGGAUAUAAACAGCGCAUCCGAGCUGUCAUCCAAAACCUCAAUGAAGUGUUCGCCGAGGAGUUGGCAAAGGCGGGGCAUUUUCGGGCCAUUGGGGAUUUUGAGUCAACAUCAAACCUCGGGGCUUCGCUCAAACCACAGCAGGUGACGAGGGAUGAAUUUUUGAACCACAUUGAGAAGGUGAUUCGGAGAACCCGUGGACGGGAGCUGCCGGGCACGUUCAACCCACUGGUUGUUGUGACGCUUUUUCAUGAGCAAUCUCAGCACUGGGGACAGGUUGCUCGCCAGCAUGUCGAGAAGAUGUGGCGAGCUGCUGGUCGCUUUCUAGAGUUGGUCAUCGAUCACAUUGCAGACCGCUCAACCUCUCGUGGGCUGAAGAACGAGAUCUCCGGGCCUGCCAUGCAAAGAAUCAGGAAGGAAGUAGCCGACAAGACCGCCGAGCUGGUUGCCCCGCAUCAAAAGGGUCAUCCCAUCACAUACAACCAUUAUUUCACCGAAACGCUCCAGAAGGUCCGGCGCGAGAGGGACUCCAAGAGGACAGCGAGAAUUCUUCGUAACUUCUUCCAGAUUUCUGACACAAAUGAUUUGACCAGCGUGCCGAUUGCGCAUCCUGACUCGGGCGAUGUUGCUACGUGGGAUAUCCAGAGCUUGGUUACGUCCCUUGCCGACACCAACGAGCCAGAUAUGUGCCGCUUUGCAGCCAAGGAAGCUUUGGAUUGCCUGAACGCCUACUAUAAGGUUGCCUUGAAACGUUUCGUUGAUGAUGUUGCUGUUGAGGUCAUUGAGACAAAGCUCAUCUCUGUUUUGCACGACAUUCUUUCCCCACUCGGCGUGUAUGAGAUGUCAGCCACGCUGAUUUCUCGCAUCGCGGGAGAGUCCGAAGAGAAUCGCGCCGAACGUGAACAGCUUACCAAACAGCUUGAUAUCUUGCGAAACGGUCUUGAGACUUGUAAGAGGUUCGCGGGGUUUCGGGCCAGUGAUGACUCAGUAUUUGUGUCUAUCAAGGCAGCUGGCAAUUCCCCUAUGACUGGUGACUACGAUAGCGACAUGGAAUCUCUGGUGAAGAUAGAAGAAACCGAUGCACAGCGAGAACGGGAAACAUGUUCUGUGAGGUCACCACCCAUCUUGCUAGAAGAGCCAGAACCGGGACCGGAAGUAGAGCUUGAGCCGGAGCCGGAGCCGGAGCCAGAAGAGUACAACUCGUCUCCGCGAGUUCAGAACAAGAAAAGGGUUAGGAGGGCAGGGAAGAUAUAUUAUUAGAGUCACAGUGCUGGGCGUCGAAUAUCACGCAGGUGGAGGACAAACUGGAGCUACUAGUGAUGCGGAAUGGUGACUCGGGAAGUGAUUUCAAAACAAUGGGAGUUUUAGCAGUUCUUCUAAUGGGAUCCUAUGCAUUUGCCAUGGCUCAUCCAAUCCAAGCCGAUAGAGUGUCUAGGUUGAGACAUAUAAUCCGCGCUGCUCAAUGUUAAAGAGUUUACUCGUGGCGAAAACUCCCUACCCACACUCUUCAAG